UGUGAUCGUCCAUUUUGAUAGAUCUUGCUCAGCUCUCAUCUGGUUGGGGCGUCGCGCGGUAGAAGUAGCACCGUCCGGAAGAGAGUCGGCGGCGGCGGCGGUGGUGGUGGAGCAAAGAAAGAGUGAGUGAAAGAGAGAGAGAGAGAGAACAAAAUGAACACGGAUAUUACAGCAUCGGCUAAGCCAGAGUACCCGGUGAUUGAUCGAAACCCUCCUUUCACCAAGACAGUAGCCAAUUUCAGCGCCCUCGACUACCUUCGCCUAUCAACCAUUACUGGCGUCUCCGUCACCGUAGGCUACCUCUCUGGUAUCAAGCCCAACAUCCGAGGUCCCUCGAUGGUUACCGGCGGUCUUAUCGGGCUUAUGGGCGGCUUCAUGUAUGCUUACCAGAACUCCGCUGGUCGUCUUAUGGGCUUCUUUCCUAACGAACAAGAGGUUGCUCGUUAUAAGAAAUAGAGCAAAUUGAUGCUUACCAUUUGUCUUUGCCUUUGCCCUUGACCUUAUUGUGGAGGAAUAAUGAUUGAUCAAGCUGUUCUUGCUUAUCAUGCGCUGAGAUUUGAGUCUCGGUUUCUCUCUGUUUUGCUCUGAUUGUAGAAGCAGAAGUUGUUUAGAAAUUGGUGCGUUUUCUUAGCUUUUACUAUCACAUUAUGCUCCGUCAAAAGAUUGCAUCUUUUGUGUAAUCACUCAUGUUUCUUAUUUUGACACUUUAUUGCAUAUCAUUCAGAAAUAAGUUUUCUUAAUGAAUUUUGUUUUGGCGUUUGAUCAGUCUAAAGAUAUUGUCAAAUUAUUGUCAUGUGUCUUCUGAUUUUACAUGAUAUGUAUUGUUUUUAUGUUUUAUCAGAACAAAAUUGUAGUAAGGUUUAAUUCA